AUUUUCACCAUAAAAAAUAUCAUCAACAUUUCUAAUUUUGUUUAAUUUCAAUCAUCUCAAUCUCAAUAUGAGUCGUAGUGCAGCAGUGAAAAUGUCCGGCUUGCUUAUGAGGCAACUACGGGGCGAGUUUUCACCCCGUGGAGGCAUAGUACAAAUUCGUCAUUGGAGUAAUAUGAGUACUUCUAGUAAAACAAAAGAAGAACAAAAAACACAUCAACCACCACACACGGUGGCUGAUGCAACCAACGACGACGGCGACGGCGACAAGGCUAAGAAAAUUGUUAGCUAUUGGGGGGUGGAUCCUCCCAAAAUCUCCAAGGAAGAUGGUACACCAUGGAAGUGGAAUAGCUUUAGGCCAUGGGAGACGUACUCAGCUGAUAUUUCGAUUGAUGUGAAGAAGCACCAUUUGCCUACCAAUUUUAUGGACAAGUUUGCUUUUUGGACAGUCCAAUCUUUAAAGUACCCCACCUACUUGUUUUUCCAGAGGCGUCACAUGUGCCAUGCCAUGUUACUAGAAACGGUUGCAGCCGUGCCAGGUAUGGUAGGUGGUAUGCUCCUCCACUGUAAAUCUCUCCGUCGAUUCGAGCACAGUGGAGGUUGGAUCAAAGCCCUACUUGAAGAAGCAGAGAACGAACGCAUGCAUCUCAUGACCUUUAUCGAGUUAUCGAAUCCAAAAUGGUACGAACGUGCAUUAGUCUUUGCAGUUCAAGGUGUAUUUGUCAAUGCCUAUUUCCUCGCCUAUUUAGCGUCCCCAAAAUUGGCUCAUCGAAUUGUUGGUUACUUAGAAGAAGAAGCAGUAAAUUCGUAUACAGAGUUUUUGAUUGAUAUAGAAAAGGGGCUUUUUGAGAACUCGCCCGCCCCGGCUAUUGCUAUUGAUUAUUGGCGUUUGCCGGCUGAUGCAACGCUAAAAGAUGUUGUUACUGUUAUUAGGGCUGAUGAGGCACAUCAUCGAGACCUAAAUCACUUUGCUUCGGAUAUACAGUGCCAAGGGCAUGAGUUGAAGGACUACCCUGCUCCAAUUGGAUAUCAUUAAAGUGAAACAAUAUCUCAAAAAAAAUUGUCUAUCCAUAUAUAACUAAUAGCUGCUGUUGAUUUUUUCAAUUAAUUUGAUGUAUAUGUUUGUAUUAAUCUUUGAGAUGUUUUUAGCCUUUGUACAAAUAUCACUAUUUAUUGAGAUUAAGGCACUAUAUAUAGUAUGUAAUUAAUUA